AUGAGCAUAGAGUCUAAGAUUGAUAUUAUACACCUCCAACGAUCCCACCCAAAGAAACAGCCAGAGAGACACGGUUGCUUGAGUCCUAGUACCACUGGACCUACUACCGAACCUACUACCGAACCCUUCGAUCGCCUCAUCUCUCUCAGUAUCGCACUAUCCCAUAAUCGAAUGAAGCAGGCUACCUGUGGAGGUAAUCGCGGAGCAGCAGUGACCGUUCAUCCCCCUCACGCCAUCACCGUCCCCUCAUCACUUGCUAAGCGGCCUCAGGAUCAAGGAGGUUCAGCAUUGGAUGAAGAGGAGUGGGAGAUCGUAAAGAUCGUUGACAAGAGACGGACCGGAAGGGGCUAUGAAUACAAGGUGUGCUGGCAGAAAACAUGGCUGCUUGAAAGCGAGUUAGGAAAUACGCAGGAACUGUUGCGGGAGUUUGAGGCGAAACACCAGGCGCAGCAGGGAGGCAAACGGGGAAGACCGGCACGUGCAGACAAGGGUCGGUGA